ACGGCGGCGCCGCCUCUGCUUAAAGCGGGCCCGCGGCCGGCACCGCCUCCUCUUCCGGCGGCCGCGGUGCCCGGCAGCAUGUCGGACAAGCUGCCCUACAAAGUGGCUGACAUCAGCCUUGCAGACUGGGGUCGCAAGGCCAUUGAGAUUGCAGAGAAUGAGAUGCCAGGGCUGAUGAAGAUGCGGGAGAUGUAUGCUGCAUCAAAGCCGCUGAAAGGUGCACGUAUCGCUGGUUGCCUUCAUAUGACCGUGCAGACAGCAGUUCUCAUAGAGACCCUUAUAAAGCUGGGAGCUGAGGUACAAUGGUCAAGCUGCAACAUUUUCUCUACUCAGGACCAUGCUGCAGCUGCUAUUGCAAAAGCUGGUAUCCCUGUUUUUGCUUGGAAAGGGGAGACCGAUGAGGAGUAUUUGUGGUGCAUUGAACAGACUCUCUAUUUCAAGGAUGGGCAGCCCCUCAACAUGAUUUUGGAUGAUGGUGGAGAUCUUACUAACCUCGUUCAUGCUAAAUACCCACAGCUCUUGAAAGGAAUUAGAGGUAUUUCAGAAGAGACAACCACUGGAGUUCACAACUUGUACAAGAUGAAGGCCAAUGGGACCCUGAAGGUUCCAGCUAUCAAUGUUAACGACUCUGUCACCAAGAGCAAGUUUGAUAACCUUUAUGGUUGCCGUGAGUCCCUCAUUGAUGGUAUCAAACGUGCUACAGAUGUUAUGAUUGCUGGAAAAGUAGCAGUGGUGGCAGGAUAUGGUGAUGUGGGCAAAGGCUGCGCUCAGGCCUUGCGGAGCUUUGGAGCAAGAGUCAUCAUCACUGAGAUUGAUCCCAUCAACGCGCUGCAGGCAGCCAUGGAAGGUUAUGAAGUUACUACUAUGGAGGAGGCCUGUAAAGAAGGAAAUAUCUUUGUUACCACCACUGGAUGCACUGACAUUGUUCAGGGCAGACACUUCGAGCAGAUGAAGGAUGAUGCCAUAGUGUGUAAUAUUGGUCAUUUUGAUGUGGAAGUUGAUGCAAAGUGGCUGAAUGAAAAUGCAGUAGAGGUGGUGAAUGUUAAACCUCAGGUGGAUCGCUAUACAUUGAGGAAUGGCCGUCACAUUAUACUGCUAGCAGAAGGCAGACUGGUCAACUUGGGCUGUGCCAUGGGUCACCCUAGCUUUGUUAUGAGCAACUCCUUCACCAACCAAGUGCUGGCACAGAUUGAGCUGUGGACGAAUAGUGACAAAUACUCUGUUGGAGUCCAUUUUCUGCCAAAGAAGCUGGAUGAAGCUGUGGCGGCUGCUCAUCUGGAUAAACUGUGCGUGAAGCUGACAAAGCUGAGUGAGAAGCAGGCCAAAUACCUAGGCUUGUCAAAGGAUGGGCCAUUCAAGCCAGACCACUACAGAUACUGAGCAGGUGGCAGUACCCAAAGACCAAAGUUCAGGGAUACAACCUUCCAAAGCUCUGGUGUGUGCUGGGAUUCUAAGAACAAGCCCUUCACCAUCCUCCUCUCAGUGCUGCAGAACUCAUUCCCCUACCCAGGGAGCUUCAGGGCUUGUUUUCUUAGUGAAAGAGGAUCACUAUGACUCUUGGAAUUAGAAUUGGUUACUUUGCUAAUGUCACAGUGAAAAGGAUCCUAUGCUCCUUUUAUUGGCUUCUAAUGUCCCAAUAAGAGGAGCAGGACAGAAGAGAAUGCUAGAUGAAAAUGCCUACUCUUCUCAAACAUGAGGCCAGCUGCCUAUUUGAAUAGACUAAUCAAUAAGACGGGGAACAGUUUCUACAGAGAUGCUUUCUGCCACGCCCUGUUCAAACUAGAUAAAUCCUGUUAUGAGGCUAGCUGUGUCAGGCUUCUCUCCACAAAGGUGCCAUAGCUGAAAUGUACAUUUGUGAAACCGGGGGAGGUAGGGAGGACUAUUUCUGUAGGUUGCUUGGUCUCCCUCCUAUAGUAUCAACAUAAUCAUCUACUCAAAUUAGAACAGGAGUUAUUUUCUGACUUAACCUAUUCCAUUGAUUUUGGUCAGAUCUAAGACCCUUCUAUCCUGCUUCCAUAGCAACUCUGGAAGGGGUGAAGCAAGGGUGACUUGCUUUUUAGCAGCCUUCUAGUGUGUCGUGAAUGGCUGAGAAACCACUGAGGGGAUGGUUAGGUUUAGGGAUCUUGUUUGAUCGUACGAAAACACCAGGAGCACACUUCUACCCAAAACUUGAUUUUCUGAUUUAUGUCUGCUGUAUCUUUUGUCACUGAAUCAAAGUGCUUUUAUUAAAAAUGUGACUGUGGCCUGA